AUGGACGCCUCCUCCCUCCGCAUCUCCAAGUUCGAUGGAACUAACUUCCACGCCUGGAAGUUCAAGAUGCAGAUGGUGCUGGAGGAACGGGACCUAUGGGAGGUCGUCAGCGGUGAGAUCAAGGCGGAACAGUGCGAGACUCAGUUGGACCAAGCGACGUACAAGAGGAAGUCAAGAAAGGCGAUGGCAGUGAUCUGUCUAGCCAUGGAAGAUUCCCAGCUACCGUUGGUCCGGUCGGCAAGUGGUGCAUGCGACGCAUGGUCAAGGUUGGAAGACCACUUCGAGAAGAAGAGUCUUGCCAACAAGCUGUUCUUGCGCCGUCGCUUCUUCACGACAAUGAUGGAAGAAGGCGACGAUGUGCUCGAACACAUCAACAAGCUCAAGACGCUGGCGGAACAGCUAGAAGCGGUGGGGGCUCCAGUCUGCGAGGACGAUCUGGUGAUCACACUCCUCGGCAGCCUGAGUGACUCGUAUCAAUUCUUGAUCACAGCUUUGGAGUCGCGCUCAGACACUCUUAGCUGGGAGCUCGUGACGUCUCGACUGCUUCAUGAAGAAAUGAAGCGGAAGGAGCAAGGAAGUAAAGGUGAUGAAGCUUCGCAAGGUCAAGCGUUCAUCACAAGGGACAAUCAGCGCAAAGGGCGACCAGUGAAGAAGUCCUGGCCGUGCCACAAUUGCGGAAAGAUUGGUCACUGGAUGGCGGAGUGCCCCUCGCGCAUCCAAGAAAACACGGAGAGACACCGGCCACAGCGUGCUCAAGACAGCGGCGACCGCUAUCGAUCACAACGUGCAAACGUCGCUCAAGAAGAAGACUCGGGCGACUACCUCUUUUCGAUCGGUGAAACGACAUCUGCGAAAUCGAGCGACAUCUGGCUGGUCGACUCCGGGGCGACGCAGCACAUGACGUGUUCCAAGAAGUUCAUGAAGAACUACAAGGGGUUUGACGCUGUGGAUGUCCAUCUCGCGGAUGAUGGAAUCGUCCAAGCAAUCGGUAGUGGGGACAUUGUCAUGUCGAUGAAGACACCCCAAGGGAUGAAGAAAGGUGUGCUCACAAACGUGUGGCACAUCCCAAAGUUAUCCAGAAACCUGUUCUCGGUCGGCCGCUUCACCAAGGAUGUCGGCCCAGUGACGUUCACGAAGGAUGGGUGCUAUGGAGAAGCGAAAGGGACCAAGUGGAAGAUUGGAGCUCGCGAAGGCAAAGGACUGUUCAAGCUGCAAAUGACUCCAGUGGCGCCGGAACAAGCAAAUGCAGCCAAGUCGUCGGGAUGUCAAGGGGACACCACGUCGUACCUCUGGCACCUUCGACUUGGUCACAUUGGUCACGAUGGACUCAAUUGCAUCGUGACGAAGAACAUUGGAAUUGGCAUCGACAUAUCUUCGGUGAAGAAGUGGGACGUGUGUGAAGGUUGUGCUCUGGGAAAACAGACUCGAGUGCGCUUCCAAUCAAACACUACAGCUCGCACCUCCAAACUCCUCGAAGUGAUUCACAGCGAUGUAUGCGGCCCGAUGUCGAUGGCAACUUUCAGUGGAAAACGGUACUUCGUGACAUUCAUUGAUGACAAGUCAAGAUACUGUGUCGUCUAUCUGCUCAAGAGCAAAUCUGAAGUUGCGGCGAAGUUCAUGGAAUACGCUGCGAUGGCCGAAACGCAAACCGGAAAGCGCGUGAAGUACCUUCAAAGCGACAAUGGGGGUGAAUACAAGUCCGACAAGCUGGCACGAUUCUGCGCGGAACGGGGAAUACAACAAAGGUUCACACCCCCAUAUACUCCUCAGCUAAACGGAGUAGCUGAGAGAAUGAAUCGCACGCUGGUCGAGUGUGCGCGUUGCAUGAUGGAACACGCUGGACUGGGAAAGAGCUACUGGGGCGAAGCAGUCAUGACUGCCAUGUUUCUUCGAAACCGCUGUCCAACACGUGCCAUUCACCAAGACAAGUCUCCAUAUCAAGUGUGGACGAUGAAGAAACCGAUUCUGGCCAACCUUAAAGUGUUUGGAUGCCACGCGUAUGUUCAAGUGCCUCAAGACAAACGCGCGAAGUUCGACUCCAAGUCAUCACUCUGUCGUUUCCUGGGAUACGCCGAACACCAGAAGUCAUAUCGAUUUGAGGAAGUGUCAACAGGAGCGAUCAAGAUCAGUCGCGAUGCCACAUUCAUGGAAGACAAGUUUGAUGAAGGUCCGCGCAACUACAACGAUGAGUCAAGUGUCGUUGAGUUUGAUGAUCAUGAUGAGGACGAAGAAAAAGAAGAAGGUAAAACUGACGACGACAUGGACUCGAGCGACGAUGACAACGAAGACACCAGGUCUUCGAAGAGCAACAUCAAGAGACACACGCGCACUCAAUCACUUGAGAAAGCUACCGUCAUUCCAAGUCCCAAGCGAAGAACAUACAGAGGUCCGUCGCUUGAGCAUGUGUCAGCGGCUGUGUUGACGGUCAUCGGUUUCUACCAGUAUUGGUAA